AAUAUUUACCGAAGACGAAGCGGAUGAUGGUUGAGUGCUUGUAGUCGCCACAAAUUCAGUGCAAACGGGGUUGCGGAUAAUGCAGAUGGAUAAACACAUUUUAUGCUAACAGAACAGAAAUCGCGAAAGAGGGAAAAGGACCCAAGAAAAACUUGGACCUUGGUGGUGGUUAAUUUGGAGUUGUUCCAUGGCUUCAUUCCACAGCUUGGAGAAAUGCUUUAUUACUAGUAGAAUUAGCAGUGCUUGGCAUGGUUCGGUUGAAGCCACCGGCCGAACAAAGCAACUUGUUGUGCUGCCAGUGCCCAUGAUCAUCUCCAGAAGGUCCGCAAUUUUGAUAUCCCUGCUGCCUCCUCUCAACCUUACUCUGCCCAUCCAUCCAUUGCUAGCCAGAGAGAGGCGCACCAAAAAGGCCAUUCCUCUCGAAGAUUACCUCACCAGCUAUGACGGACUAAAAUACUAUGAUAUCGUUGAAGGAAGGGGUCCUGUUGCUGAAAAAGGAUCAAUAGUGCAGGUUCAUUUUGACUGCCUGUACCGCGGUAUUACAGCAGUGUCGAGUCGAGAAUCUAAGCUUUUGGCUGGAAAUCGCAUCAUUGCUCAGCCUUACGAGUUCCAGGUUGGGGCUCUCCCAGGAAAAGAACGGAAGCGUGAGUUUGUAGACAAUCCAAAUGGUUUAUUUUCUGCACAGGCUGCACCAAAGCCUCCGAAGGCCAUGUACACAAUAACUGAAGGAAUGAAAGUUGGGGGAAAGAGGACUGUGGUUGUUCCUCCAGAAGCUGGAUAUGGCCCAAAGGGAAUGAAUGAGAUACCGCCAGGGGCAACGUUUGAUCUGAAUAUUGAGCUCCUAGAAGUAAAACCACCGGAAGGACAAUGACGGUGAUUAUGAGAGAGGGGUUACGUCCCUUUGAUUUCCUACUCCAUCUACUAAGUUGCCUUUUGUUUUGCUCUCAGCUGAAAAUAUGAUGCUAGAUGCAGAGUUGGUUACAUUUGAAUAGAGGACCAGCAGCUGCCGGGCUUAUGAGAUGGAAGUCUGGUGAUCGAGUUAUAUUAGUCUGUUCUCCUUAGGAGUACUUUGUAUUCAGGUUAAUGGAGAAGAAAUUUCUUUUGUUCUAAAUAUAUAUCUGCAUAUGUCUUUUUCCCUGGUAACGAGUUUAACACUUGGAGCUUCUCAUCUGGGAACUGCGGUUUAACUGCUUAUGAUUAGUAAUUGUAAUAUUCCUACUAGGUGGUGCAAAAUCGCAUCCGUUCCUGCGGUGGUGCGGUGCGAUGGAUUCUGUAAUUAGGUUUAGCACUCUAAUAUUUCCAGUUUUACCACCAUUGGAUUUGUGCCUUAGAAAUGCUACCGUCA